UAAAGACCCAUCUCUCUAUCUCUCUGAGAUUUUUGAGUCUCCUCUGUAUCUCUCUCUAUCUCUCUUCAUGAUCUAAUUGUUUUUUAAUUUUUAUAAAUAUUAUGUGAUAGUUACAUAUACACGUUAUAUGUGUGUAUCUAUCUUUUUCUAUAUUGAUGGAGACAAUAACCAUUUCAAUCUGAUCAUUUCUUCUUGUGAUAUUUUUUAGUUCUUUUUUUCUUCUCUCUUUUUUUCCCCGUCUCCCAGAUCUGCUUCGUCAAUCUUACCAUUGGGGCAGGCCACAAAUUUAUAAGAGUUAGAUCUUUGAGGAAAGACAGCCAUGUACUUCUUCGGUCUGUCCAAAGAAGAAGUGUUGUCACAAAAACAUGUUGUAUCAUAUAAAGAGACUUUAAAGCAGAAUCCAGUCACUCUGUUUGGGAGACAGGUGUAUCCGGUGAAUAGCAAGAGCUCCAAGUCUGUUGAUGGAUAUAAGAAGAUGAAAGAUAUCGAUCUUCGGCUUCCUGCAGAUCACUAUGCUUAUUUAGAGACUAGAUUUCAUCCAGCGUUUGAAGCUAAAGAAGCAUUGACCACACAUUGGAGUGGCAAGAGAGAUCCUAAAAUUAUUAUUGAUCUUGAAGAGCUUCCCACAACAGAGGAUGCAGAUUCUGUUAGUUAUGUUACUGUGAGAAGUCCUGAAACAAAACCAUUAUGCUUAGCUGAUCAGAACAGCUCAAACAUUCUGAAGGUGGUGGAUCAAUCUCUUGUAGAGGAUGGUAGUGCAUGUUUACUAGAUCUUAAUACAACCCCGGAUGAUGAGUUAGUGUCCGAGCCUCAUUUCUGUUUCUUACAAGAUCUAAACUGUCCUUACAUUGAAGAUACUGAAACUAGCUGCGAGAAGAGUGGAGUAGAUGAUGCUCCUACGCCUCUUUGCUCUCCUGGUACAGAGUCUCCAGCUUCAUAUACUUCUUGCUGCACCACUGAAAACAACGUGUCAAGAAGAGGUUCAUUGGAUCCUUCUUGCCGUACCAGGCUUGAGUUUCCUGUCUUGCCAGAUCACGAACGUUGUAAUGAGGAGGAGGAGGAAGAGUUCUCUGAAGUCAUGCAAAUGGCUGCUGAAUCAUUAGUCCACAUCUCAGCAGUUUCAUAUCAAAAUCAAGAUAAGCCCGAGAAGGGUGACGUGGAACGGAGAUGUUGGUCAUGUGAUUCAUAUGAGCUACACACAUUAGGAAUAAGAGAAACCAACACGGAAGAAGAGUUCUGUGUGUCAUCAAUGGCUUUGGAUAAGCUUAAUAAUAUCACAAGAGAUAACAACAACAAAGAGUUUGGGCUCAAGCUGAGAAGAGGGAGGAGAAUGAAGAACUUUCAGAAGGAGAUAAUCCCGAGCUUAACGUCCCUCUCGAGGCACGAGAUACGUGACGACAUGAACAUCUUGGAAGCGGUUUUGAGAUCAAAAGAGUACAAGAAGAUGCAGGGGAAAACGAGGGAUGUACAAUAUGGAGCAAACACAAGAAACAAACGUUCAAUGUCGCAGAGGUAUGUUGGUAAAAAGAAGGCGAAAACAUGA